UAAAUAGACCUCCUGUUUCUUCCUUCAGAUUCUUAGCAUUUUCUGAAUUUCGUACUUGAUUGGAGAUUUUAAUCUAUCAUCUUUGUGUUAGUUAGGGCUUCCUUCAAUUACUGGACGGCGAUGUCGAAAGAAGGUCCCAACUGGGAUGGGCUGCUCAAAUGGAGUCUUGCUCACUCCGAUGGAACUCGCCCUAAUCGGAAUCUGAGUGAGGAGGACCGGCGAUGGUUUAUGGAAGCAAUGCAAGCCCAGAGUGUUGAUGUUGUCAAACGCAUGAAGGAGAUAACUCAGGUGAUGCAGACACCUGAGGAAGUCUUGGAAACUCAAGGAGUUAAUCCAGAAGACAUUGAAGAUAUGCUUGAUGAACUACAAGAACAUGUUGAGUCGAUUGACAUGGCCAAUGACCUUCACUCCAUCGGUGGGCUGCUUCCUCUUCUUGGAUUCCUUAAGAAUUCCCAUGCAAAUAUUCGAGCCAAAGCUGCAGAAGUUGUGGCCACUAUUGUACAGAAUAAUCCACGAAGUCAACAAAUGGUGAUGGAAUUGAAUGGUUUAGAGUCUCUCCUCUUGAACUUUACUUCAGACCCUGAUGUCAAUGCGAGAACCAAAGCUCUUGGUGCUAUAUCCUCUUUAAUUCGACAGAACAAAACUGGAAUUGCUGCAUUCCGGCUUGCAAAUGGCUAUGCAGGCCUGAGAGAUGCUCUUGGCUCUGAGAGUGUGAGAUUCCAAAGGAAAGCCCUGAACUUGGUCCAUUACCUGCUGCGUGAAAAUACUUCAGAUUGCCACAUAGUGAAUGAGCUCGGAUUUCCUUGCAUCAUGCUACACCUAGCCUCCAGUGAUGAUGCUGAGGUACGGGAAGCUGCUCUAUGCGGCCUCCUCGAACUCGCCAAGGACAAAACAGGUGAGAAUGGGGGAGGAGGAUUAGGUGAAGAUGAUGACGAUAAGUUAAAACAAGUUCUUGAGGAGCGUAUGAAGGGAAUCAGCUUACUGUCACCAGAGGAUCUCGGGGCGGCUAGGGAAGAAAGGCAGCUUCUUGACUCACUCUGGAACGUCUGCUACAAAGAACCAUUAUCUCUCCGUGAGAAGGGACUUGUUGCUCUUCCUGAGGAGGACGCACCACCACCUGAUGUUGCUAGUAAGCAUUUCGAGCCUCCGCUGAGAGCCUUGUCAGGAAGGCCUGCGGCUGAGUCAGGUCCUAAAACUGAAGAGAAAUCAACUCCUUUAUUGCUGAGCUUAGGUCCUGCACCUUCACCUGAUACUCGAGACGUUACUUCCAGUUCUGCAACGGAUUCAACUUCGUAACUUAGGCUGUAUAUUUACUAAUUCAAUGAUCCUGCCUUUUCUAUGACUACAACAUUGCCAUGGUUAUACUUAGAAAACGACCAAGGCUUUGGAUGUCAAAAAGAUCGAACAGGCAGCGGCCUCUCCAUUCCCUCCGUUAUGCCAUCUCAGAGAUAUUUUUAUUACCAUUUUCAUUGGCAUAGAAUUGUACUUUUGUGGUUCGUUGGGUGUUUAGAAAGAUCAAGAACUGUGAAACUUCAUAUACAAAAAACAGUUGUAGGAUUCAA